CCAUGGAGCCGGCCGAGCCCGCGGAGCCCGCGGAGCCGGCGCGGGACGGGCCCCGGGCCGAGGCGCUGCUGCACGAGCUGGAGGCGCUGGUCCGGGACGUGGUGCGCUCCAGCUCGUGGUGGGAGCGCCGCGGCGUGGACUGCACCAUCCUGGCGCUCAGCCUCCUCGCCUUGCCUGCCGGGUUCCUGUGCCUGCGCUCGGACAACGUGCUGGUCUUUGCCAUCGGCAUCACCAUCUUGGGUGUGUGCCACUACACGCUCACUGUCAAGGGCAGCCACCUGGCCGCUCACGGUGCCCUCACGGACUCCAAACGCUGGAGUAAGAUCUGGCUGCUCUUCUUCGUGGAGGUAUGCACGGCCUUCACUGCGGAGUGCGCCAAGCACGGACACGUCACGAUGCACCACGCCUACACCAACGUGGUGGGCCUGGGGGACUCGAGCACGUGGAGGCUGCCUUGCCUCAACCGCUAUGUCUACAUGUUCCUGGCUCCUUUCCUGCUCCCGAUCCUGACCCCACUGGUGGCCAUCGAGCAGCUGAGGCAGGUGGAGCUGAGGACGGCUCUGCGGACGCUGGGCCUCAUCUCCCUGGGCCUCUAUUCCCAGUACUGGCUGCUCCUGAAUGUGUCGGGCUUCAAGAGCCCCAGCUCGGCCCUGGUCUGCAUGUUCCUCAUCAGGUCCCUGCUGGCCCACCCCUACCUCCACGUCAAUAUCUUCCAGCACAUUGGGCUGCCCGUGUUCUCCCGGGACCACAAGCCCCGACGGAUUCACAUGAUGAGCCUGGGGGUGCUUAACCUGCCCCGGCUGCCCCUGCUGGACUGGGCGUUCGGCCACUCGAUCGUCAGCUGCCACGUGGAGCACCACCUCUUCCCCAGGCUCUCCGACAACAUGUGCCUGAAGGUGAAGCCUGUGGUGUCCCAGUUCCUCCACGAGAAGCAGCUGCCCUACAAUGAGGACUCGUACUUGGCUCGCUUCCGGCUGUUUCUCCGUCGAUACGAGGAGUUCAUGGUGCAGGCCCCGCCGAUCACGGAGCUCGUCGGGCUGCAGUGAGCCUGGGCCCGUGAGGCCAUCCCUGCCCUCCCUGGUCUGGGCCUGCCCUCCUGCAGCUGCUGGCCCAGGGUUGUGGCUUGGUGGCUGGUGGUGGGCCUGGAGCAUUGCGGCAUUGGGCAAUAGUAGGGCAGGGGAGCUCGUACGCAGGGUCCAGGGGGCCCCCCUGCCCUGAUAGCGUUUCUGGAUUUCCAGGGGUGUCUGGGGGAAAGCAAUAAUGGUGGCUGGGCAUGCUGGUCAGUGUGGAGCUCAGCCAGCUUCAUCGCAGGACCAAACAGCUGACCCCUCCCCCUGCCCCAGCUGAGCCUUGGUAGGGCUAAGGGGUGACCGAGGGUGAGGAGGGAUCCUGUGCAGGGGCCACCUGGGAGACGGAGGGGGCACAGGCAGAGAAGGGUCAGCUCCCUGGGCUGGGGCCUCCCUGGGGCUGGGAGAGCCCCACACUGGCUUGGCCACCGCUGCCCCCUGUACCCUUUGAGGCUCUGCCCACCAAGGUGCCCUCUCCUCAGGGACUUCAGGGUGAGCUUGCUUUUGGCAGGCGUGCCUAGCUCCCAGCCAAAGAAGCCUGUGAAGACACUGGCUCAGCAGUUCCCAAGGCCCACAGUGUCUGUGAGGUAAAAGUGAGUGUGUGUGUUCUGGGGAGAGGACUCCAGGGGAGAAAGUCCCUCAGGAACAGAGUGAGGGAAAGAGUAUAAGUAGCUCUGAAUGUGACCUUGGCUAGCUGUAGAAAAGUCUGCUUUGCUCUGUGGUGUUUUAGAAGCAGUAAACCUGGGGGAUUAUCCACUGGGAGAGAGAAUCCCUGGGGGGUAGCUGAGGCUGGAGAGGGUUAUGGGAACAGGGUCUGGAGGGUUGGUGGCCUCAGAGAGGAGGGAAGGAGAGUGGGGCACAGGGGGAGGAACUUGAGGUCAGGGCUGGGCUGGGUGAGGAAGGCUGGUCUGUAGCCUGGGAGUGGUCUGGGACUAUAAAGGAACCAUGGAUGCCAGCUAGAGGAAGGGGCCAAGGUGCUGAGGGACACCAUUGGGAUUCAGCUCAAAGUGGGUGGAGUUAGAGACAGCUGGGAGCUGCCCCAGCUGGGGGUUGCAGGGCAGUGCCCGGGUGGAGACUGGGGGAGGGACAGAGGAGGAGGCCAGGCCUAUGACAGGAGGUAGUUUAAAACAGGGCCGCUCACCCCAGCACCACUGAUAUUGACACUUUAUCUGGAUAAUUCUUUGUUGUUGGGGGCUGUCCUGUGCAUCGUUGGGUGUUUAGCAGUGUCCCUGGCUUCUACUUACUAGAUGCUGGGAGCCAACGUCACGACAAUCAAAAAUGUCUCCAGACAUUGCCAAAUCUUCUCUGGUUGAGAACACGCAAGUCAUUCUUGUGAAUAAUUAUCUUGUUUUUCAGUUAAGUCCUUGGAUGGGGUCAAGGGCGUGCUGACCCUGCUCAUAGGGAUACUAACUUCCAGCAAAUGGGGACUCACACGAUAAGUGGAGUUUCAUGACAGGUGAAGGCAUUCUCUGAGCCCAGUCAUGUUGGAGAGCCCAUCACUGGUGUGGCCUUAGGCAGCUCUACUCCCCACUCGUCCCCACCUGCCUUCCUCUGCCAGAGACCACAGCUCCAGCUCUCACUAGUUGUGAAACAGCUCCCUGCAGGCCUGGGGUGGUAGUGGCUUCCAGCUAUUGCUAGCCCAGGGGUGCUUCUCCAUUGCCUUAACCCACACCUCGGUAUAAAGUUCCUUCAUUAAACUCUCUUUAGUCACCCUUUUGAGCAUGCCAUCUGCUCCCUGCUCAGGGGCUGGCUGAUAGAGCAGAAUUUUGGAUCCAAAUAGCCCUUUUUAGAUCCAAGCAGCUCUUUUGGACCAAGGCAGGCUUGGCAGCCUCCCCAGUCCACUGCUUUCCUAUAUGUUCUUGCUGCUCUUUUGAAAUGCAUUAGCAGCUCAGAAAUGGCCUAAAGGUCUGGGAGUGCAAUUAAUCAAACUGCUAAUUCUCCAUAUGAAAAAUGCAAUGUCAGAAAAGGCCCCAGUUGCAUAGUCCUGGCUAAUGAUUAAAACCAUCCAAAUACAUAACAAUGACUCAUUGUUAUUGAUCUGGGCCUGAGUGGAUUAUGGGCAGCAGCUGGAAGUCUUGGUGCCAGAUCUGGCUGUGCCAUGGGCACCCUGAGUACAAGUCACUAGGCUUGAUUUUUCUCUAACUCUGAGGAUGGCUGGGAAUGCCUGGGGCUUGAGAGGUGAGGGAAGGUGACAAGAGUGAAUAAAGUAGGUCUGGGGCUCUGCAGAGGGCUAAAUCUAAUUUAUAGAGGUAUGUGGGAGAUGAUAACACAUAUUGAUAAUGAUGAUAAUAGCUGUUUAUUUAGCACUUAUGGCAGAUGAUUUUACCCAUCGAAUUUUAGCCUUUACAACAAAUUGGUACUAUUUUUCCCCUCACACGUUACAGAUGGUGAAAAAAAGUCCUAGAGAGAUUAAAUUUCUCAAUGUCAUAUAGCUAGCAAGUGGUGCCAGAGGGACUCAAACCCAGUGUGUCUGGCUCCAGAGUCCAUACUCAACCACCAGACGUACUGCCUCUGGAUGGGGAGCCCUACAGAGCUUUCUAGGAUGUCGGAUCCUGAAUCUCCAGCUUAUUAAGACAAACUCUUUAUGAACUUCCAUUAUGUGCCAUGCACUGUGUGAGGCUCGGGAUAUAUGAGUGAACAGGAUCUGGACCUCACCCUCAUGGCGCUUGCACUCUAGGGCAGGGCUUGCCAAACUCUUUUUGUAAAGUGCCAGAUAGUAAAUAUUUUGGGCUUUGUGAACCAUAUGGUUUCUGUCACAACUACUGAAUUAUGCCAUCAAAAUGCAAAAACAACCAUAGACAAUAUGUAAAGAAAUAAGCAUGGAUGCGUUCCAAUAUAAAACUUUAUAGGCACUGAAAUUUGAAUUUCAUGUAUGUUCAUGUGUCACAAAAUAUUCUUAACUACUUUGUCCAUUAAAAAAUGUAAAAAUUAUUUUGGGUUAUUCAAAACAGGCCGGUGAGCAGCAUUUGGCCUACAAGCCAUAGUUUGCCUAAUCCUGGUCUAGUGGGACAGGCAUAAAACACAAUGACUUACUGGAAAGCAGAACAGUAUUUACCUCCCAGUAGGAGAGAUUGGGAGCGACUAGUAGGGGCUCAGGGGACUGCUGGGUUACAGGUCAUGUUCUGUUACUUGAUCUGGGUGGUGGUUACAUGGUUACACCUUGUGAUAAUUCAUCAAGCUGUAUGUUGUGAUUUGUGCAUUCUUCUGUAUGUUAUACUUAAAUUAAAAAGCUCACUAAAAAUGACAA